CGUUGCGGCAUCAGUUCUCUUCCUGUAGGAGGGCGUUUGCUACCUGUGUGAAUGAAGCGAUUAGACACUGGAACUUAGCGAGCUCACAUUCUGGGCUUUUUUCGCUGGAGUUUUUACACAGCGGCCCUGGACUUAACGAGGAAAUGGCUGCUGUGGUGACCGCGUAGAGAUAUUUUGCGUUCUGUGUUUGUUUUUGUAUUUUUCUUUUCGACAUAAGGAGGUAGCACUCAGUGCUGCCGUUAGCCUAUGCUAACUCGCGUUCAGUUUCGCGUUCCUGCGGUUUUCCUGCUCUCGUUUCUGGAGGAAUUAACGCAGACCCUGUCGAGAUCAACCAUGGAGUGUUGACGGAGUUGAAGAGUGCACUUACAUCGGAUAAUUUCGCUACAAAACACUUAUGCCAAAGUCAGAGGUGUCUCACUACUGCUUGUAGCAUGUUAGCGGUUCGGCUAGUGAGUGUCAGGUGAUAUUGAACUCUAAGAGGAAUGCUAGCCUUCUAAUUAAGCCGAGAAACUGAUAAAAUAGAUUAAAUAUAAUAUUUACAUCGCUUCUGAUUGGUUUUACGCCUAACAAGUUGAUUCAGGCUAAAAUUUAAUCGUUCAGCUGUUAGCGUUAGCGCUUUUGAAACACACGAUUUGUUUAUAGUUCUAAAAUAUUCGCAUCCUAGUAACGUUUUCAUUGAAGUGCUAUUGAACCAUUUGCUGGACAUUUAUCUCUCUAACUUACCGUCUUUUUUUUAGGCUCAAUGUAAUGUCAAAGCUGCUUCAGGCAAGAUAUCAUACCUAUGCUAACAUUAGCUGUAUGUUAGCAUGUUAAUUUGUAUGGUUUAAAGCCAAAACCACUGAGGCAUUUGUCAGCGUUCUUUUAUUUAAACGAGUAUUGCUUACAGAGGAUGCUUAUUGUUUUUCCUCCUCCAGCUGUAGAGAUUGGCUACUGCCAUACAGGAAAAGUUGAGAGAAUAUUCUGACUUUUUAGGCCUAGAGAUGGCUGCUGGUUAAAAGAAAUUAGCAGUCAAUUAAAAUAUAAAACUCUAAAUGGUGUAAUAUAUACAUAUCUCUUGUUGGGGAACGGGAAAGGUUUACAGAUUUGUUAGGAAAAACUAGAAAUUGAAUUCUCAGGACUCUGAAGCUGUAUACCAUAUUUUCAAUAGUUACAAAAGCAUAGAAAGCCAAUGAAGACUUUAAAACUUACUGCCUGUCUUUUCUCUGCUUUGCCAAUAAUAGUAUUAAGAUUGCAGGUGUUCAGUGAUCUUAUACAUAUCCGUUAUCAUCUCUGAAUUUAGUUAAAUAUAUAAUAGCCCCCUAAACGAAACCUGAGACAUCGUUUGUAUUUUCUAGAAAACCCAUAUUAGGCUACUUUAUCUAAAUCAGACAACCAUCUCAUGCCUUAGUAACAUGCCACAGAUAGAUUAAAAUGACCAUAUUCAAAAUAGCCUGUUGAUCUUAAGUAUGUCAUCAGAACAGCUGGUUUAUUUAUGGAAUUGUGUUUGUUUAAAGUGCUGGAAAGUCAUAAAGAAACCAAACCAAGCAGUUUUGAUGAUUCCUCAGGAUGAAUGUUUUCAUGUAGCCCUUGGGUCACAGUUGUGCCAAAAACUCUUGAUGAACUUCACUACAAACAGGGGUCUGCUGGAGGAGCAUGCAAGUAAACUGUUGAUACUAAAAGAACACAGGUCUGAAGUUGUUUUGGAACGUCUCGCUUUCUGCUAAUUUUUUUCAUUACCAGUCUGAGAAAGUCCUUCCUGAGGUUCCCAAUGGAAGUGCUGCACUAGAAACUUUGACAAGGGAACUUCAAGAUCUCUGGGUUGUCUCAUCCAGAAGCGAUAAUAUGGGCUCUCAGGCUCUUCAGAUAUUGCGGCAGGGAGUGUGGGCCUCUCUGACCGGAGGAUGGUAUGUGGACCCUCAUCAGAGUACCUUCUCGAACUGCUUUCAUCUCUACCUCUGGAUAUUCCUCUUGGCCUUCCCAUUUCUUCUGUACAUGGCCCUUCCUGCCAGUUUAGUGGUGGCUGGUGUGUACUGCGCUGUGAUAGCGGCCUUCUUUACGGCCAUAAAAGCAGUGAACUUUCGACUGCAUGCCAUGUUUGACCUGGGCGAGAUUGUGGAGAAGAGGCAGGCCUCGUUCACCACAGACCCCAAUAGAGUGGAAGAAGGAGAAGAAGGCUCUGGUGCUCAUGACGGAAGCCAGCGCAGGGACAGUAGUGUGGGUGUGGAAAUGACAGUGUUCCGAAAGGUGAACUCCACCCCUCCUGUACGCUGCAGUUCCCAGCACUCACUAUUUGGAUUGAACCAGGUGUCGGAAUUUUUACCACAGCUUGAAGACCCUGGAGGCUCAAAGGAUAUUAAAGAGCUCCUGCAGGAGCAAGGCAGUAGUAAUGUGAUCGUGACCUCUGCAGUUAUAAUUAAUCACAUAAGUGCACGUUUUUUUGUCGUUCCAGGUGUGGUGCCAUCCUGCUUGGCUGGGGAUUACAGAGGGCUUAUUGGUGUGGGUGAUGUAUUGUCGGGAGGGUUUAGUAGCGUGCACCCAACAAAUUGUCCUUCCAUCCCACCAUCCCCAUCAAGCCAAGAAGAUGGAGAUGAGAAGGACCAGGUGGAUAAUGGGGGUGUGGAGCAACUGUCUCAGCAGAGCCCUGAUGGGGAGGGUCUAGGAGGCUACUCCCCCCUCGGACCUUCAGCUGAGUCUGAGAGUCUGGGAGAUGCUCCUCUCAGCCCUCUCAUCAAGAGUAGCUUGAGCGAGGAGCUAAGCGAGAACUUGUUGGGCUUGGGCCUUGACCCUGUCACUUUUGCUCCUGGUGCUGAGCACCCAGGCAGCCGCACCGGGGUGGCCCUGGCUGCAGGAUCCACUGACAGCUGCUUUAGUGGAGGUGGAGCUGCCACAGACAGAGAGACUCUUAGUACGGUCAGUAGCUACCGCAGUGAGAAAACGGACUCAACCCAGCUUGAGAGCCCUUCAAUGGGCCAGACGCCUAAACCCAUGUCUAAUGCUCCUUACACAGCUUUGCCUCAGGGUAAAGGCCCCUAUCAGCAGCAUGGAGAUGUGCUCCAGGGCGGUAGUGACACGGAUGACCUGUCUGACAGCGUGCUGCUACGCUCACCCUCCAAAGAGCUCUCCUCUAGGCAGGGCCUGGACAGAACUCUGGUGGAGGGGGAGGACCUUCCCCCUUUGCUUACGGACAUUGCACAGCCCUCCUUGCAGGACUCAUCACUGUAUAGCAGCGGGACUUCUGAGUACUGCGAUGUUGAUGGUGGCAUCCCCAUACCCCCUCUUCCUCCUCCACGCCAGGCCAGCUCUGUACCGUCAGGGUUGGCACUGGGCUUGGUCUGCUCAGAGCCUGCUCUGCCGGUCUCUGCCCCAUCCUACCUCCUAGCAGAGCCGCCGUCUCUGCAAGCGCAGCAGCAGGUAGUGCGACCUAAAGAUCUGAAACUGCUACGUGCCGGUGGCAGUGUGGGUCACCGACCCGGUCGCAGGAAAGCUCCCCGUAAACGAGGCACUGCUGGCAGUAGCAGUUUCGACUGUGGCUCCUACCGCCGGCACCACAACCGUGGCCAACACAGAGACUACAUUCCUGUACGCAGUCGGCUAGGUGCCAAAGCCUACAGUGAGAGCUUGUUUGAGGACUCCAGCGAUGAAGAUGAUGGCAGUGACAUGAGUGCUGGUUCUAGUCUUGGAUCCCAGCGCCGCUUCAGCUCUGACGACGAAGACGAUGAUGAAGAUGAUGAUUCUAGCUCCUCUACCUCCUGCUACUCCCAUGAUCUGGCGAAUACCGGCAUCGCUUCCCAACCUGUCCCCCCUCAAAUGCCUAGCCCUGGAGAGGGGGAGGAGCCUGACACAGUAGGACCCUCCCAUUCUCGCAGUGCUCAGCGCUCAGCCAGCACAGCCAGUGCCAAGACUCAUGCCAGAGUGCUCAGCAUGGAUGGGGCCGGUGGAGGCUCCAACAACACAGGGAACCUUGCGUCUACUGUGCUUCCUUUACCUGUUUCUUCUGCUCCUGCCCCACGUCCACUCACCAUCUCUAAAUCAGAUCUGGAGGCUCGGACAGUGCACUCAGAGGGCUUUUCCAGGGCCCAUCAUAGGCUAGACUCUCUUGGAGGCUCCUGGGCUGGGAACCAGACAGGCUGGAGGGCAGGAGAGCUGCUAGAAGAGGGGGCAGUAGGAGGAGGGGUGUUAAGUAAACGUGAUUCUGUGAGCAGUGUGAAAAGGACACAGGCCAUUCGCAGGCGUCAUAAUGCUGGUAGUAACCCCACUCCGCCCCCUUCUGCCAUGGGCUCUCCUCCGAGUCUUCAAGACCUUCAGAGAGUCCGCACUUCCUCUCACUCCCGCACACGAACGCUCCCCUCUGCUCUGCACUUCGCUGCCUCAUCCUUGCUGCUGCUGCCCCGCAGCGGUGUUCACGAGGCAUCCACCUUCGAUGACACCUCAGAGGGAGCUGUGCACUACUUUUAUGAUGAGAGCGGAGUAAAGAGGUCUUAUACUUUUGGGCCUGCUGGUGGAGGAUAUGAGGACCCAGUUCAGGAGCGAGAGCGACAGUCACAAUCCUCUAGCUUUACCUCCACUGAUGUACAGGAGGUGGCGCCAGCGCUGUCUAUGCUGCAGCCCAGGCCGGUGGUCCUCCAGGGCAUGCAGGUCCGCAGGGUGCCUCUGGAUAUGCCAGAGUUUGACUUAGAUCAUGAGUCCCCUCAUGAAUCCCAGGAGAACACACUGAUGAUUGAGGAAAAGGCCAAGCCUAAACAUUAUUACCGUUUCUGGUUGCUGCCGGGGAAAUGGCUAAGAGUUCGUUAUGACAGGCUUGCUUUGCUAGCCUUACUGGACAGGAACCGACGCGUAGGGGAGAAUGUUUUUGCUGUGGUGUUGGCCAGCUUAGUGGCGUUCCUUGGCUUCCUGUUGCUUUUCCAGGGCUUCUUUAGGGACAUCUGGGUCUUCCAGUUCUGCCUAGUCAUUGCCAGCUGUCAGUACUCCUUGCUAAAGAGUGUGCAGCCUGAUGCGGCAUCUCCGAUGCAUGGCCAUAACUGGAUCAUAGUGUACAGCCGACCAGUGUAUUUCUGCUUGUGUUGUGUGCUGAUAUGGGUAUUUGACCUGGUUGGCCACUCAGACAGUAUGCUGCCUUUCACCCUCUAUGGGGUCACCUUCUUUUCCGCCCAUUUUCUGCUCUGCGCUAGAGACAUGCUCAUAGUGUUCACCCUCUGUUUUCCAAUCAUCUUCCUGUUUGGGCUUCUACCUCAGGUCAACACGUUCCUCAUGUGUUUGUUGGAACAGGUGGACAUGCACAUUUUCGGUGGAACUGCAACUACAAGCCCCCUGUCUUCAGUCUAUAGUCUGUUACGCAGUAUAUUGGUGGCGGCUCUGGUUUAUGGAUUUUGCCUUGGUGCCAUCAAUGCUCCAUGGGGAGAGGCACAUGUCCCGGUGCUCUUCUCUGUGUUCUGUGGCCUCCUCCUGGCCUUGUCCUAUCAUCUGAGCAGGCAGAGCAGUGACCCGACCAUCCUCUGGUCUCUGAUCCGCUCCAAGUUCUUCCCAGAACUGGAGAGCCGAACACCAGAAGAGCCCUCAUUAGAGAUUAAAGACCCUCUCCCAGAGAAAUUGCGCAACUCUGUGAAAGAAACUCUUCACUCAGAUCUGGUCAUGUGCCCUCUUAUGGCCAUUAUCACCUUUGCCAUUAGUGCCAGCACCGUCUUUAUUGCUCUGCAGCCUGCUCUCAGUUUCGUCCUGUACAUCUUGGCUGGGGUGGUGGGGUUCUCCACACACUACCUCCUGCCUCAGCUCCGCAAACAGCUGCCCUGGUUCUGCUUGGCCCACCCUGUGCUGCGCUCCAGAGAAUACAGCCAGUUUGAGGUCCGAGAUGCUGCUCAGCUCAUGUGGUUUGAGAAGCUGUAUGCAUGGCUGCAGUGUGUGGAGAAGUAUUUCAUCUACCCAGCUGUAGUGCUCAACUCCCUCACCACUGAAGCUCACACUGUCAGCCAAAACCCUGACAAACCUGGAGCCUAUGGCCGCGCUCUAUUCAUCUCAGUGGCUGGAAUGAAGCUGCUUCGUACGUCCUUCUGUGUCCCGUCUCAGCAGUAUGUCACUCUGUGCUUCACCGCCCUCUUCUUCCAGUUCGACUACCCGCGCUUUUCACAGACCUUCCUCCUCGACUACUACUGCAUGUCCAUCCUCUUCAGCAAGCUGUGGGAUCUGCUGUUUAAGCUGCGUUUUGUGCUGACCUACAUUGCACCUUGGCAGAUCACAUGGGGUUCUGCUUUCCAUGCCUUCGCUCAGCCAUUCGCCGUUCCCCACUCAGCCAUGCUGUUUGUGCAAGCUGUGUUUUCUGCUCUCUUUUCCACUCCUCUCAACCCUGUGUUGGGCAGUGCUGUUUUCGUUACUUCAUACACCCGACCUGUGAAGUUCUGGGAGCGAGAUUACAACACCAAACGAGUGGAUCACUCCAACACGCGUCUGGCCACACAGCUGGACCGCAACCCUGGUGCUGAUGAUAACAACUUGAACUCUAUCUUCUACGAGCAUCUGACACGUUCUCUGCAGCACUCGUUGUGUGGGGACCUUCUGUUGGGCCGCUGGGGAAACUACAGCACCGGAGACUGCUUCAUCCUGGCCUCCGACUACCUCAACGCUCUCGUACACAUCAUUGAGAUCGGCAACGGCCUCGCCACUUUCCAGCUCAGAGGUUUGGAGUUCAGAGGAACAUAUUGCCAGCAGAGGGAGGUGGAGGCGAUCACUGAAGGGGUGGAGGAAGAUGAAGGCUGUUGCUGCUGUGAGCCAGGUCAUCUCCCCCACAUGCUCUCCUUCAACGCGGCCUUUGGUCAGCGCUGGUUGGCUUGGGAGGUGGCCGCCACCAAAUACGUCCUGGAGGGCUACAGCAUUAGUGACAACAAUGCAGCUUCCAUGCUUCAAGUAUUUGACCUGCGCAAAAUUCUCAUCACAUAUUAUGUCAAGAGUAUCAUCUACUAUGUGACCCGCUCUCCCAAACUGGAGGAAUGGUUGGCCAACGAGACAGUGCAGGAAGCGUUGGGGCCCUGCCUCAGCCCUUCCUACGUGGAUAGUGACCCCACCUUUAACCUAAACAUAGAUGAAGACUAUGACCACCGUGCUUCCGGCAUCACUCCGUCUUCCUUCUGUCUGGUGUACCUGGAGUGGAUUAAAUACUGCAACAGCCGCAGACAAACGCCAGUUGAGAGUGAGAAGGAUUCCCCUCUGGUCACACUCUGUUUUGGGUUGUGUAUUCUGGGCCGUCGAGCUCUGGGCACCGCCUCCCAUAGCAUGUCAGCCAGCUUGGAGCCUUUUCUCUACGGACUUCAUGCCCUGUUCAAGGGCGACUUUCGUAUCACCUCUCCUAGAGAUGAGUGGGUUUUUGCAGACAUGGAUCUGCUGAACAGGGUGGUGGCUCCAGGUGUACGGAUGUCCCUCAAACUGCACCAGGAUCACUUCACCUCUCCUGAUGAGUAUGAGGACCCAGUGGUGCUGUACGAUGCCAUCACUGCUAAUGAAGAGAAGAUGCUGAUCUCUCAUGAGGGCGAUCCUGUGUGGCGCAGUGCUAUUCUGGCUAACAUGCCUUCUCUGCUUGCUCUCCGCCACGUUAUGGAUGACGGAAGUGAUGAGUACAAGAUCAUCAUGCUGAACAAACGCUUCCUCAGCUUCAGAGUCAUCAAGGUGAACCGGGAGUGUGUGCGCGGGCUGUGGGCCGGACAGCAGCAGGAGCUGGUCUUCCUGCGGAACCGGAACCCUGAACGCGGCAGCAUCCAGAAUGCCAAGCAAGCCCUGAGGAACAUGAUUAACUCGUCCUGUGACCAGCCCAUCGGAUACCCUAUCUAUGUCUCCCCACUCACCACCUCCUACGCCGGGGCCCAUGUCCAGCUACGUUCUGUCUGGGGAGGCCCUAUCAGUCCUCACAACAUUUACACGUGGUUCAUCAGCAGCUGGGACAGGCUUCAGAAGGGAUGUGGUGCCGGAUGUAACAGUGGGGGGAAUAUUGAGGAUUCAGAUUGUGGUGGCGGCUCUACCUCCAUCAGUAACAACCCUGCAGCUCAUCCUCCCCAGAACACAGCGUCCAGCAUCACUCAGCCUCAUCCCACUACUGUACAGCCCUUGAUGGGGACUGACAACCCCGUUGGACCUUCCUGGCCGCUGCAUCCCCAGCCCCUCCCACUUGCCCUGCUCAGCCAAUCAGAGGGCAGGAUGGAUGCAGGGCUGGUUAGCUCCUUGCACCGAACCUCUUCCAUCCAUGGGCUUUUGGGGCAACACCUGUCCAGCUCCCAGCUGUCUUUCAGUAGUUCGGUGGCCCUGCCGCCUGCAGAUCGCUUCUGCCCCAGUAGCCUGCAGGACAACCCCAGUCAUAGGGCGUCUCAGAGGGGCCUAAGCCUAGGCCAGGGCAGCGGGCUGCCCUAUGAGGCCCUGUACAGCAAAUGGAGUCUGCCAGGGAGGAAAGGAUUUAACGGACCUGCUGUAAUGGAAGGGGAUGGCUCAGUAUCACAGAGCAUAUGCACACAGCCUUUGCAGCCUCCCCUCCCUGUCCUGCCCUCUGAUGUCAGCCCAACACUGGAUCCAGUGGGAGCAGUCAUACCCUCUGAGACUACGCCCCUUACAUCAUCAGACCCGCCCAGUACACGGGAGGAGUCUACAGAACUGCCUUUACUUGAGCGCCUCCGCUGAGCCUGCACAGCACGACCAGUGCAGCUAGGAUCAGACGAGCCCAUGGACAUCCUUGCCAUCCAGAAGGAGCGAGCUAGGAUGAAGUCGAGCUGAACUUAUCAACCUUUUUUAUAAUUAAAGCAUCUUCAGUCAGUUUUGCGUAUAUUAGGAUGUUUCUCGCAAGUAUCCUUAAUAAACACAUCACCAGAUACAGAAGCACACUAGAAGAGUGCUGUGUUAGGUAAUGAACUCUGGACUGAGCUCUCCUUAGCUUCUUUGGCUACUGUUUUGGCCUCCAGGCCCAUAAGCCAAAAAAAGUGGCCAGUCAGUGCAAUCUUAAGGGAUUUUCUUUUCUUAUAUAAAGAGGGUCAGGUCAUUAAAUCAAAGCGAAUCGGUGACCUGUACCACCAGCAGUAACAAAAAGGGAACUCCCCUGUCCUCUGUAGCAGCCUUAAACCUACUCAAGCUUUUGUUUUUACCCCCACACCCAGUUCAUUGCUAAACAUACACAAAUGCUGCGCAUCAGCUGUAUUGUGGAGGAUUUCUCCCUUUGAUCAAAGCCCAGAGCUUGCCGCCACAUAAGUCACUGUCCUUUCAAGACCAAAGGACUCAAAUUUGAUUCCCCCUCACUGAGCCGUCAUUCAGUAGCUCACACAUUCCAGCAAAGACAUUCAAUCAUGUCGGCAGCCCAUCAGACGUGCUUAUGCUCUUAAAUGACAACCACGACCAUUUUUCAGCAAGCUUCAGGGAAAAGACUUGAAUAUACACACACAUACUCACUCACAUGCACACUUCCCUCAUCACCUGGUGCUCCCUUCAUAGUUUACAGCUGGCUCAGGUGAGGAUGGUGGGGCUUGCGAUUUGUAGAAUAGGUGGGACAGAGUAGACGUCAUCAAACCGGUGGUUAGUCUUGUUUUUUUUUUUUUUUUUUUUUAUUAUUAUUAUUAUUUCUUUUAGACUUUCUUUAUUUUCUUUAUACAUCCCACAGGAAAUCAGACUACCUGCUAAAUUCCUAAACUGCUCCCUACGGAAUGGGCUCUGAUGGUGACGUAGUGGGCCGGAGCACAUGAGGGCUUCCUGGCCUCCCGUCAGGCUUUUUCCUGCUGCUGCAAGUGCCUGCAGUUUGUCUCCCUCUACUGCAAUACUACUGCUACUGCACCACCCCCUCUACUACUAAUAAAACUAACCAAACUACUGCUUUGACUUCUAAACUCCAGCGUUUUAGUUGGAAGAACUUGAUAAGGGAAAAAAAAAACAAUUCAGAUUUACCGAUUCUAAAGACAAAGGUUUAUUUGAUUUCUGACAGAGUGGCUGUUUUUUGUUGAUUGUGCUGAUACUAGCUGGACAUGAGUGAACUGUAACCUUUGCCCCCAUUCAUGAAUCCACCGGAUUGUGACUAACUAAUUCCUUAAAUCUGUGUGUAAUACAACUGGAAGGUUAGAUGUCAUUCUGAUGUUAAAUAUCUGCUGUUGGGCGAACGAAGCUCAGACCGCCUGCUGUGGAAAGCAGGGCACUUACUGCCUCUACAACAACAAACAUAUCAAAUGCUCGCAGUCAAACAAUACAGCACUGACAUCAGCCUGGAAUAGCUGCGACGUGUCGAUGUAAAGGAGCUUGAAAUAUCCCAUGAGCUGUUUAAAGUGGUUUUGAGAUUCCGAAAGCCAUUCCGCUCUUCUUCACCAUACAAUUUCCUAGCUUAAAAUGAUUGACGUGGCUGAGCUGUGCUCUGAAAAAGGCUUUCCAUCGAACGAUAUGGUUUGAGAGUCAGCAUUCGGGGGCUGCCAUGGGAUAAUGGUGCCUUCCAAUUUGACGGGCGGUGUUCAGGUGAAAGAGAAGGAUUUUUGCUGGAAUUUUUACAGUGGUUCCACAGAGUAUGGCAAAAUUAUGCGCUUUUUCUGCUGAGAAGUCCCAUUUUAUUAAUUUUACCAAGCUUAUGCAUUCAAUUUGGGCAAUUCUUGCUCGAUCAACAUCAAGUUUUGAUGUGAUAUGAGCUUCUAGCUUCUUUAGUGCCAGUAGAGGCAGUUCACACUGAAUUGAUUGUGCUCACAUAUUCAUAUUCUCAUUUAAACCACCAAUUGUUAGUAGGUUCAUAGAGUCUCUCCACCCAUCACAGACCAUAUCACAAGUUGUUUGAACACUAAACAUGAAGUCUCUCUGCAGAUCGUGCGGCUUAGUCUGUUUCCGAUCACCACCAUGCAUUCUCUAGUCCAUCUCAAGUCAUGUAGUCUGCCAAGCAAACCUGGCUCGUUUACAGCCUCUUGCGAUGGACUUCAGUAGCUAUCGAGCGUUUGGUUCAAGGCCUAUCGACCUAUUUCUCUCUUUCCAUCAGGACCAGUUCUCUCAUCUUUAGGGUGACUUUUCCAAAGCAACAGGGAGUACUUCUCUUACUGGGAGAAAGCACAAGUUACUGGAUAGUGGUCAGUGAUUUAAAAGGGAUCUGAUCAAUCUCUGCCAUAUAUGUACAGCAUGUUUUGUAUAUAAAUAUAUUUAAAAUAUAUAUAUAUAAAUCUAUUUUAUUAUUAUUGUAUUUCUGGUUAUUUUUCAAUGGAGGACACUACUUUGAGUCUUAGGGGAGUCAUGCUUCGGUGUAUCUGUGCUUGCGGAGGGGUCUGACAUAGAAUCAUGAAGUCUGGGGAAUGAAUCAGUUAAUACUGCUUUUGCACAACUAUUGUAAAAUAGUGUACUUUUUUAUUUUAGUUACAUGGGGGAUUGUUUUAUUUAAAAACUGUUAUUCAAUAUUCAAAGUUAUGUACAGUUUUUUUUAUGUGAUUUUUUUUUUUUCUUUUUUUCUCCUAUUUAAAUUAAAGAUUUUUUGUGUCAUUGUUUGCAAUACAGCCAUUUUGUAAAUCCA